AUGCCUCCCAAUGGCCACAUGUGCUCUGUCGAUAUUACGGUACUUUCAAUAGCGAAAUCCUCAGAAGGUCCUGAUUGUUUGCGACAAGCUGAGUACCUCGAAAUAGAGCAAGCAACUGGCAAUCCAUCGCAUCCUAACGGUGGUAAAGAUACCAUAAGACUUCGAUCGUGUGCUCAUAUCACACCAAUCUCAAUAGAAAUGGAACCGGGUACAGAGCGCUAUGUGAGAAUCAAAUUUAUAUCCGACGAACGAACCGACAAUGACGGCAGCGGCUUUCAUGCCGAUCUUCUCGAAGCUGCAGGUCGCAUCAAAUAUCAUGUGAUUGCACUGCAAGAAGCAAAAAUCAAGAAGGCCGACAGACGCCAACUAAAGAGCGGGGCCCUUGUCAUCAGCGGAGGGAAAGUCCCGUCACGAAUUGUCAGUAACGUAGGCUUUGUCGUCAACUCGUCAGUUGUUCAUCACGUCGACUCGUACGAGAUCUUUUCCCAUGCAAAGCCGUCCUACUCACCAACCGAUGUAUCUGAUGAGUACGAAUUAGAAGCGUUCUUCUAUCAGAUGAAGGAACUUAUCCUCAGUGUUAAAGCAAAUUUUAAGGAACAGUAG